CUAGUUUACAAAAGAAAUAAAGCUGAUAUGCCUUUGUUAUUAGUGGAGUAAUAGACCGUCUCUGAGACGAAAAAGUCACAUCACCACACACGUAACAAAACUGAUCUGGAUUGUUUACACACUUUUGAGACAUCUUGCAUGAACGCUGUCAGCCAACUGAGGAAAAAAUGGCUAAUAUAAAACGAUAUAAUGUACACAGGACUAACAUUGAAAAUGAAGAAGAAAAAAGAAGACAAAGAGCGAGCCAAAUGAAUAAAGAUGAAGAGAAAAAAGUAGACGAAGAAGAUGGUGAAUCUUCGGUAGAGGAUGAAGAAGAGGAAGAUCAGGGAGGAGAAAUUGAAGACUGGCAAGAACAGAUAAAAGAUAUAACAGAGCUGAUGGAAAGGAGCCCGAAUCACAAGCUACCAGAUCAGUACGUGGCUAGGCUGAUGAAACUUUUUCUCGGAAAAGAACCUUGCAGAACUCGCGGAUAUGUGCUGGAUGGCUAUCCAAAAACAAUGGAUCAAGCCCGUGAAAUUUUUGGUCAAGUAGCCGAAGCGAAAAUGGCCGGAGAAGGAGGUGAAGGGGGAGGAGGAGGUGUCCUUCCCCCAAUGGAAGGCGAAGGUGGAAUGGAGGUAGAAGAACAAACGGGCGUAGAUAUGGGGAUGAUGAAAGAUGCUCUGAGCCAGAUUCUGCCCGAUUAUCUCGUCAGUCUGGUCGCCAUCGAUGAUUUUUUGUGUGAAAGGGUGAUGAAGUUGCCACAGAGGGAGAUACAGGGUACUCAUUACGACGAAGAGGCGAUGCUACGUCGUCUCCUCGAGUACCGCCAACACAAUACGGAACAGAACACAAUGUUGAACUUCUUCGACGAAGUUGGCAUCCAUCCGAUUAUCAUUCCGCUGAUAGAUGAAGAGACGGAAAAGGAGAGAGAUCUGGAAUGCAUCUAUGACUAUCUGACGGAAAUAUUUGGAGAGCCUGUUCCUGGGUUUGGCCUUACCGCGGAAGAGAUGGAGCAGUUGAGGAAGCUUGAGAGUGAGCAACGUCGGCUGAAGGAAGAGGAAGAAAGGCUUGAGAAGCAAUUAUUAGAAGAAAAGGCGAGAAAGGAAUAUCAAGAUAAAAUGGAAAAAUGGGUAGAAACCUUAGAGAAACUCCAGAUGGAAGAAGAGAAAGUGCUAGUAGCUCAAAGCGAGCCACUUAGGUAUUACCUGAUGAAAUAUGUAUUACCUGUUCUAUCUAAAGGGCUAAUAGAAGUUGCAAAGAUCAGGCCAGAUGACCCGUUAGACUAUCUAGCCGAAUAUUUGUUCAGAGAAAAUCCUGAAGGAAGAAUGUUCGAUCCCUCCUAUACGAGGGAUGGCGAACUGAUUAUUCAGCAAUACGAGGAGCAUGUUGCACCUACGAUUGAGAAAAGCGGUAGCUCCACUGCCGAGAAGACAAGGAGUUCAGUAUAAUCAAACGUAACAUAAAAAGAUGAUUUAUUGAUAUUUUCUUUUUACUUGGAACUACGUUGUGAGAUUUCGUCUAAUCACUUAGGAUUCAAAAACGGGAUUGCUUGGAACAUUUCGAGGAAGUGUUAAUCAGAUGAUAUCUCCAUAGAUUUCGACAUGCUCUUUCAGAAUUUUGACUAUGCUACCAAAAAAGUUUAUUGACAAAAUCUCCUUUGUGACUUAUUUUACGAUAGAAAAGUUAUAUCUACAAUAGAUUAUUUAACUAAAGAAA